UCACCCCAUUUUAGUAUUUUUAAUAAAUAUAAGAAUAUAUGUAUAUUAAAAUAAAACUUGACCUAAAAUACUUAGUUACCAGGGCAUAAAAUACCUUAAUUUUUUUUAUAAAAAUAGAAACUGUUUACAUUUACCUACAUACCUACCUACCUACCAUGUACCUACCUAAUUACAUAUUAUAAUUGAAUAAAACUAUCCAAUUAUGAUUGUUUGCAAGUUCUUCCAGCAAGGCUACUGCCGAUACGGCCAAAAUUGUAGAUUUGAACAUGUUUACGGUUCCAAAUACACAUAUCAUGCAACAACUCCACAGCCGGUGGUGACUAACACGGAGCACACUGAUGAACAACUUGUGAAUCAAGUACAGACAGAUGUUAAAUCAGUACUACACGGAAGCCAAUGGAUACUCUCGUGUUAUGCACCCUACAAGGAGAAGCCGAUAAUUCCGGGAAUUCAUGAUCUAUCACCAGAGGAAAUGAGGCUUUUUAUAUAUGAAUCGAAAAGAAAUAAUACUUUAGAACAAGCUAUUGCCUACAUUAACAACUUAACUAGAGAAACAAGACAGAAAUAUGAACAAUUGCUACAACCAACACCACAUUUGAUCAAAGUUCUACGAUCGAUAAUGCAAUAUAAAGAAGGGCAGACUGUGCUGUCUCCUUUCACAGCGACACAAUCCGGCAGUGGUGCGGCCACUUCAGUAUUCAGGAGUGCAGUCCAAAGUUCUGUUUUCACUCAGAACAAUCCAACACCUUCAAUUUUCUCACAAAACAACCCUCAAAACAUGUUUGAUAAUGGAGCUACAAAUAAUAUGUUUGCACAAAACAGUACACAGUUAGGAAUAACGGAUGCCGGAGCAAAAUCAAUAUUUGCUCAGGCCAAUCAGAAUGUAUUUGCACAAAAUCAAACCAAUGUGUUCAGUAAUACCAAUCAAAACUUACAAAAUCCUUCCAACAUCUUUGCUAGUGCAAAUCAGAAUUUGUUUAAACAGAAUGACACUCAAGCUUCACCAUUUCAAUUGAAUAUCUCGCAGCAAAAUAUGGAUACUAAUACCUUCCAAAAGUCAAAUACACAACAAUCAUUUUUUGGAAAAAAUGUGCCUUCAGUAGAACAGAGUGGUGUUUAUAGUAAAAUGGAAGAGCUCACACCAGACGAUUUGGAAGCAUUUAAAAGUGACAAGUUUCAGUUAGGUUUUGUACCUGAAAUAGCACCACCCCAAGAGUUAUGUAACAAUUGAAACGUGUAUAAACGACAUUAUGAGUUGACAUUAAUGAGUAUUUCCAAAAUUCCAACAGACUGGAGUUAGGAAGUCUUGUGACCUUGCACGGGCAGGUCCCACCCUACCUAUUUAGGCUGUGAAGUAGUUAUGUACUCUAGUUUGAAGGAUAAGAUACUGGUUAUGCUACAGUUGAGACUUAGGCCUCAUGUCUCAAACUGGAUUAUCACAUUUACAUUGCGUUGUCUAUGUUCUGAUAACUGCUUAACAUUAGGCCAUGAGUAAUACUAAUCUAAGGCACAAAUAAAAAAGUAUUAAUAGGAAUGGCCUGAUAGUUCAGUCCCUUACAUA